AUGGCUGCACGCCUGCUCCGCAGCUCCCUGCGCAUGUGGGGUGGCCGGUGUGCCCUGCGUUCACCGCCGUCCGCGAGAUGUUCUCAUUCCGGAGAGGAGAAACGUCUAGAAACUCCUUCUGCUGAAAAAUUAACAGAUAUAGGAACUCGAAGAAUCUUUUCUUCAGAACAUGACAUUUUCCGGGAAAGUGUAAGGAAGUUUUUUCAAGAAGAAGUGAUUCCUCACCAUGCAGAAUGGGAGAAAGCUGGAGAAGUGAGCAGGGAGCUUUGGGAAAAAGCUGGCAAACAAGGACUUCUCGGUGUCAAUAUUGCAAAGCAUCAUGGUGGUAUUGGUGGAGACUUGUAUUCAGCAGCUAUAAUGUGGGAAGAACAAGCAUAUUCAAAUUGUACAGGCCCAGGUUUUAGUCUUCAUUCAGAUAUUGUCAUGCCCUAUAUUGUAAACUAUGGCUCUGAAGAACAGAUUAAGCACUUCAUCCCCCAGAUGACUGCUGGGAAAUGUAUUGGCGCCCUAGCAAUGACAGAGCCUGGGGCUGGAAGUGAUUUGCAAGGAAUAAGAACAAAUGCCAAAAGGGAUGGGAGUGACUGGAUUCUCAAUGGAAGCAAGGUAUUCAUCAGUAAUGGGCAGCUAAGUGACAUUGUGAUCGUAGUGGCAAUCACAAAUCAUGAAGCUCACUCUCCUGCUCAUGGCAUUAGCCUUUUUCUGGUGGAAAAUGGAAUGAAAGGAUUUAUCAAGGGACGAAAGCUACAUAAAAUGGGACUAAAAGCCCAGGAUACUGCAGAAUUAUUCUUUGAGGAUGUACGGUUACCAGCUAGUGCCCUACUUGGAGAAGAGAAUAAAGGCUUCUAUCACCUCAUGCAAGAACUUCCACAGGAAAGGCUAGUGAUUGCUGAAAUGGGACUUUCAGCCAGUGAAUUCAUGUUCGAAGAAACCAGGAAUUACGUUAGACAAAGAAAAGCUUUUGGGAAAACACUUGCACAUCUACAGACAGUGCAGCAUAAGCUGGCAGAAUUAAAAACACACAUUUGUGUAACCAGAGCUUUUGUGGACAGCUGUCUCCAGCUGCAUGAAAAGAAAUGUCUGGACCCUGCCACUGCUGCCAUGGCGAAAUAUUGGGCAAGUGAGUUACAAAACACUGUAGCUUAUGACUGUGUCCAGCUCCAUGGAGCCUGGGGAUACAUGUGGGAGUACCCGAUUACAAAAGCUUAUGUGGAUGCCCGCGUUCAGCCAAUCUAUGGUGGUGCCAAUGAAAUAAUGAAGGAGCUGAUUGCAAGAGAGAUCAUCCGUGACAAGUAG